GCCGGGCAGCGGAAGUGUCCGAAAGUGAUUUGCCCAUACAAAUGGAGAACCCUUAUAAAGAGCCUCCAGAAAGAUGUAUCUUAUGUGGAAUAAAUGUGGACUACAAGAAUGUGCAGCUUCUUUCCCAGUUUGUUUCUCCACAUACUGGCCGCAUUUAUGGCAGGCAUAUAACAGGCUUGUGCAACAAGAAGCAGAAGGAAAUUACAAAAGCCAUUAAAAGAGCUCAAGUAAUUGGAUUUAUGCCAGUUAUGUUCAAGAUCCCAGCAUUUCUCACAGACCCCAAGAUAUGUAAUAUUAAGUAUCCAGAGUAA